AAAUAAAUGAGCAGGAGUUUCCCUGAAAUGGAGGCUCCCUGUGAUUGGCUGAUCUUCGUCUGACGCUUACCAAUCGGAGCACCCCUGGGCUCCAGCUCCAUAAACAUAAGCAAAGCGACAUGCUUAUUCUACUGAAUUUGAAGUGUAGACCAUUCAAAGGUGUGUGGCGAGUCUCUGUUCACAUGGCUCAACUGGAAACCUAUUUCAUGAACAAGGUGACUUGGGAACCAUCUGGUGUUCCAGCACAUUGUUCUUCUGGGGGACGGCUCUAAGUUGUUUGGUGGCGGCGGCAGCUUAGAAGCAGUAUUUGUAGUUCAGAAAGAUGAACUUACGGGAGCUUGGUAAUGCAGGUGGUGAAGGAGCAGGUUAUGAGAGCUCUUACAACCAAGCCUAGCUCCCUAGACCAGUUCAAGUGCAAACUGCAGAAUCUGAGCUACACUGAGAUCCUGAAGAUCCGCCAGUCUGAGAGGAUGAACCAGGAAGACUUCCAGUCUCGCCCAAUUUUGGAACUCAAGGAGAAGAUUCAGCCUGAAAUCUUAGAGCUGAUCAAACAGCAACGCCUGAACCGCCUUGUGGAAGGGACCUGCUUUAGGAAACUCAACUGUCGGCGGAGGCAAGACAAAUUUUGGUAUUGUCGGCUUUCACCAAAUCACAAGGUCCUGCAUUAUGGAGACUUGGAAGAAAGCCCUCAGGGAGAAGUGCCCCAUGACUCAUUGCAGGACAAAUUGCCAGUGGCAGAUAUCAAAGCUGUAGUGACGGGAAAGGACUGCCCUCACAUGAAAGAGAAAGGUGCCCUUAAACAAAACAAGGAGGUGCUUGAACUUGCUUUCUCCAUCUUGUAUGACUCAAACUGCCAACUGAACUUCAUUGCUCCUGACAAGCAUGAGUACUGUAUCUGGACAGAUGGGCUAAAUGCGCUGCUGGGGAAAGACAUGAUGAGCGACCUGACCCGGAAUGACUUGGACACCCUGCUCAGCAUGGAAAUCAAGCUCCGCCUCCUAGACCUGGAAAACAUUCAGAUCCCUGAUGCCCCACCCCCGAUACCCAAGGAACCGAGCAACUAUGACUUCGUCUAUGACUGUAAUUAAAGUGGCCAGGCUGGAAGCACCCCCUCCAAAACUGGAAAAUCUAUCUUCUGGGAGACAGGAAUGAAAACACGCCCAUGCCUUGGAAUCCUCUUUGGGGAAAGGGAAGCUAUGGGUCAACAUUUUCUUUGGCUUCACCACUAGCCCCAGAAAUUUCUAGCCCUUUCCCUGAUUCUGUUUCUAGGCUCCAUUGCUUUAGGUCAUUUCCCAAGGCUGCAGUCCAUAGGUGGGAAAAGAGAAAAUCCCACCACUAAUACAAGAGCCAAAGGGCCCUUCCAUCCUCAUUACCCACAGGCAGGUGUGUCCUCCUCCCUGGAGAAGGAAAGCUAGCAGCAAUAGACUGCCCAAGGUUUGCCCACCAGACCAAGGGAGUGCUCUAAGGCCUGUCCCAGGAGAAAACAGCCUAGAAACUUGAUGAGAAGACCAAACACCACCUCUUCCUUCCCCUCCUCUCUAGAAUCAGUUCACACAGCCAGUUCCAUUUGAAUUGAGAUCUGCUUUCAAAUCCCUCACUGCCUCCCUCCCCUCCUUUGCCUUGCUCUGUUGCUCUUUGGUCCCACUGUAGUCCUCAUCGUAGUUCUCACCAGCAUUGGGUCCCCAAACACAUAGUAUACAGGUUUCAUCCCCACUUGUGUCUGCACUGUGACCAUGCCCAACCUUCCCUGUCCUCGAUCUAGUCUUGAGUCUCCUCUCCUUGCCCCAGCCCAGACCUGCCUUCUUCAUUUCCUCACAUCCUCCCAGUACUUUAGCUGAAAGCACAAAUGGUGAAAUUAGCAGUCAUGCUCCAAUUCUAAUAUACUAAACCUAAAUGCCUCUAUAAUGGGCUGUUGCUAUCAAGGGUUUGGUGUUACCUUCUCCUGGGGGCUCCUGCUGCAACACAGGUCCACAGGAUGGGCAAGUUGUCAGACAUCCACGUUUACAUCAUUGUAAUUAUUACAGGUAUUUACAAUCUGCAAGGGUUUGGGUUUUUUUUUUUUUUUUGCUUUGUAUUUGUACAAAAGAGUCUAACAUUUUUUGCCACACAGAUAUAUAUUUAAUGAAAAGAAAAGAUACAUAAAUGUGCAUACUUUCCAGGAUUUUUUUUUUAAUUAUUUUAAUCCCAAACAUCUUCUCUAGAAUAACAUUCCCUUAAACAUGCUGUGGAAUAAAAUUAAUUGUGAUGAGUUGGGAGCUGGUGUUUUGAUUUGGUAAC